CGCCUCCCGGCCAUCGCAGCCAUCAGAGACGAACAGAAGAAGCCAGCACGGAAGCCGCCGCCGCCGCCGUGUGAGGCCGAGCCGUCCGCCGCCUACUACGCCGCCCACACCCCCCUCCGCAUGUCAUCAUUGGCAUGCCGCUGCUAUCCUCACCCUGGGCUAAUCUGGCAGCGGCUCCUUGACCGCCGCGAGCAAGGGCCCCUCUAAUUUCCGCACCACCGAGGUCCACGUCGUCGGUCGUCGAUCAGCUACAGCUCCGUUCCAACCAAUCCCAUGGGCGGUCCUUUCUGUUCCUUCUCAACAAACGCGGCACACCUACUGCUCCUACCCUCUCUCGCACAGGAAGAUCGGAAGGGGGUGCUACAACUCCAUUGCAAGCAAUCCCAUGGGUGAUUUGAAGGAUUGAUGCGCCCAUGAAAGAUCCAACAAGCUUAUAAAUUGGUUUCAGCCAUUGCCUUUAUUGAUUCUCUAUGCUGAACAAUGCUCCUCAAGGCUAAGGAGUCCCUUAGGAAGAUGCUUUCAGCUGCUACGGGCUACUAUGGAGGCCUGGUGCAAUCAUAUUCACUUUCAGCAUAUGGUCUUAGGCAUUCUCUCGGCUCCUCCAUUGAAGCUUCCAGACAUUUUAUUCCAUCCAAGGCUCGUUCAUUGUCGCAAUUUUCAUGUGGGGGCAGUUCUGCGGACCAAGAGAUUGUGAUUGCUAUGGGAAGCAACGUGGGUGAUAGAGUCAGUACAUUUGAUAGGGCGCUACAGAUGAUGAAAAGCUCAGGCGUGAACAUCACUAGGCAUGCCUGUCUGUAUGAGACUGCUCCUGCUUAUGUGACUGAUCAGCCACGGUUCCUGAACUCUGCCAUUCGUGGUACGACCAGGCUGGGACCUUACGAGUUGCUUAAGAAACUAAAGGAAAUCGAGAAGGAUAUCGGACGCACUGGUGGAAUAAGGUAUGGCCCGAGACCAAUCGAUCUAGACAUACUUCUGUAUGGUGAUUCCCAGAUCCAUAGUGAGACUCUAAUUGUGCCGCAUGAACGCAUUCAUGAGAGGCCAUUUGUCUUAGCACCUCUUGUCGACCUUCUGGGUACAUCCCGUGAUGAUGGUAUUGAAACAAGUUGGCACUCGCUGUCAAAGUGCAGUGGGGGGUUCUUUGAAUUAUGGAAUAAACUUGGGGGUGAAUCCACAAUUGGAACAGAAGGUAUUAAAAGGGUACUGCCAGUUGGGAAUCGUCUGCUUGAUUGGUGCGAGAGAGCCCUAAUCAUGGGGAUCCUUAAUGUGACACCAGACAGCUUUAGCGAUGGGGGUAAGUUUCAACAAGUGGAAGCUGCCAUUUCUCAGGCCAAGUUAUUAAUCUCACAAGGUGCAGAUAUCAUUGACAUUGGUGCUCAAUCAACCAGGCCAUAUGCAAAGAGACUAUCUCCAAAGGAGGAGCUUGAGAGGUUGAUUCCUAUCCUGGAUGAGAUCACAAAAAUUCCCGAGAUAGAGGGCAAGUUGCUCUCAGUGGAUACAUUCUACGCGGAAGUUGCCGCUGAAGCUGUGAAGAGAGGAGUUCACAUGAUCAAUGAUGUAUCAGGUGGACAGCUUGACCCAAGAAUUCUUAAAGUUGCAGCUGAACUGGGAGUUCCAUAUGUUAUAAUGCAUAUGAGGGGCGAUCCAUCAACUAUGCAAAGUGAAAAGAAUUUACAGUAUGGUGAUGUCUGCCAGGAAAUUGCUUCUGAGCUAUAUACACAGUUGAGAGAAGCAGAGCUAUCUGGGAUUCCAUUAUGGAGGAUAGUUCUUGAUCCUGGCAUUGGGUUCUCCAAGAAAUCUGGGGAUAACUUUGAAUUAAUUGCUGGAUUGAAAUCCAUUAGGAGAGAGAUGAGUAAAAUGAGUAUAGGUGCUUCACGUGUGCCAAUAUUACUGGGACCCUCAAGGAAAAGUUUUCUGCGUGAAAUAUGUGAUCGUGCCAAUCCAGUUGAUUUAGAUGCUGCUACUGUUGCAGCUGUGACCAUUGGGAUUUUGAAUGGUGCUAACAUAGUAAGGGUCCAUAAUGCUGGAUAUUGUGCAGAUGCUGCAAAGGUUUGUGAUGCCCUGCAUAAGCGCAGAAGAUGGGAAAACUGAACUGGCUGAUCGAACAGAUACAAAAUUCCACUUUUGUGAUAUAGGGUAGCUACACCAUCGGUUGAGUAUCAUUGUUGUAUUAACCCAGAGAAUAGAGAUGAGCUUUUCUUAUGUUAUUUCCUUUCUAAAAUCUUCAAUGAAGCAUUGGUUGAAGUCGGACGACUCUGAAAGAAUAGCCAAGAAUGAGGUUUUGAAAGCUGCUUGUAAGUUGCAGGUAGUUAACCUUUAGGUUCCAUCUUACAUAAUUCCAGGUCAAUUUUUUUCCAAUAAAACUACAUAAGAAGGAUUUUUUGGCCUUUUGGUAAUUCAAGUUGUUUUCAAGUUUGAUUUCUUUUUGUAACUUUUUCUACUAGUUCGAAUCUAUUGUAUAUAUUGGAGUUACACCUGCUCGGCUGCUCGCCUGUGUCUCCAUGUAACUUCACAUUUUGGAUCUUGGUAUACCCGAUGAGGAAACCUUAUGUAUUGCAAGUGCCGUAUGAGGUGCCAAGUUUCAAGACUUGGUUUAUGAUUUGCCUUGGUUUCUGAGGGUUUUUCUACCAUCCAAUUAUGAAAGCCAAAUUGUUCGCUGCUAAACAAUUUUCGGACAUCUCUCCUAUGGAUUUAUUUUCAUUUUGAGCUGCUGUUGAUUGCAAUUUUAGCUCUAAGAAACUCUGUUGGUGCUUCCUAAACUUUGCUAUCUCUGUCCACUAAUGAAAUUAUGAGAACUGCAGGUGCAGGAUGAUUAAACUGUGAUCAAGAUGGUUAUUUGUCCAUGAUAUCAACUCAGUUUGGGAGGACCUCUCUCUGGAUUUUUCUUCUCGCUCACGUCUGUGCAAAACAUUUGAGUAUAUACAAAACCUCAUGUGAUU